AUGCGGCGCAAAGUGUUUUGGAGUGUUCUGGAGUACACCUGCCGAUUGCUGGGCAUCUCCACUGCAGCAGUGCUGAUCGGUGUGGGCGUAGAAACUCUGCAGCGAGGACAGUUCAAAAGCCUGGCUUUCUAUCUGCUUUUUUCAGGGGUUGCAGUUACUGUCUGUGAAGGAUUCUUCUUUAUCAGUUUGUUCCUGGAGAUGUGCUUCACAUACAAGCCUGACUCCCUGGCACAGGCCUGCUGGAAGCGAGCUAGACGUCCGGGGAGCUUUCAGAAAUUUCUAGGGUACACACUGCUCUCAGUGGCUUGCUUCCUGCAUCCCGUCCUCGUCUGGCAUGUCACCAUCCCUGGGUCCAUGCUGGUGCUUACCGCCCUGGGCUACUUUACCAUUGCUGGUGACACUGAGCAGACCUACACCUUCCACGGGGCCCAGAAGGAGCAGCACCGCUCGCUGCUGGGUCACAUGAAGAGCAUCCUGAAGGGCAGCAAGGACAGGAGCCCGGCUCCAGUAGUUCCUGCCCAACCAGCAGACCCACCAGCCCCACGCAAGCAAGUGCACUUCCAGGAGAAGGUGGUGCAGAUCAUCCCCUCUAUCAGUGAGAGCUUGGAGGACAUGGAAAGUGAGGCUGAAGAGACCACAUCGGACACAACACCCAUUCUCACCCCACCUGAUGCCCCUGUCAUC